AUGGAACGCAGCAAGCUCCUCAGCGACCUCAAAAAGCGCCACGAGCACUCCCAGACCCAAAAAACCCGCGCCAAGCUCAAAGAAAAGGCCGCCGCGGACGCCAGCGCCGUCCCCAACGACUCCAAAAUCUACAAAGACUGGAUAGCCAAGUACCACAAAGAGCAGAGCAAAGGCUUUGCAAUCCUCCAGCGCAUCAACGCCCUGCAGACCCUCGGCAGGGAAGACAGGCAAGAUAGCAAGAGCGCCGAUCCCCCGCCGUACAGCAGCAGCACGCUCGACGAGAUGGUCUCCGCGCUGAAGCGCCUCUACCGCGAGCACCUGGAGACGCUGCAGAGUACGCUGGCGGCGCAUCCGACGGGCGGCCGGGCGGGGGAUUACCACGAGUUUGAGUUCCUGCGGACCACGCAUAACGAGAAGGGGCAGACGCUGGCGUGGGAGGAGCACCGGUAUACGUGUGCGAUGCAUGGGGGGUGCUGUGGCCGGCUGUGUGGGUGCUGUAGUGUGCCUCUGUGGGAACUGUUUAUUCCGUUGGCUAAUGGGAAGAGGAUGAAGGGGGGUGUGUACGGGCAUUGCACGGCGGAGUGUCUGUGCUGCAAUCUGUUUUAUGGAUGCUAUAAGCCUGAUUCCCGGUUGCCGGAGAUUGAUCCUGCGUUGCUCAAGGCUGUUUCUGGAUGA